AUGUUGGCCUCCGAUGAGGAUCAGAAAUAUGAUGCAGAGUUCAACACGCAGUUAUUGAAGAGUCCAGAUGUGCAAAAAGCGAUGAGUAAUUAUUUGAAGCGUUUGAAUUCUAAAAGUCAAAAAUAA